AUGGCUACUUCAGGGAGAAUCAGCACUAGUGGCAGGAUAAGCAGCUCGGACGUAUGGAGGAGGAGCAGCAGCACAGGGGACAGAGUGUUCUCGAGGUCAGGAAGAGCCAACGACGACGACGUUGAAGACGACGAGGAAGCACUGAAAUGGGCUGCUCUGGAGAAGCUCCCCACUUACCUGAGGAUCAGGAGAGGGCUUCUGAACGAAGACGAAGGGAAUUCGCGCGAGGUGGAGAUCACUGACUUGGGGUUCUUGGAGAAAAGGAACUUGCUGGACAGGCUUGUCAGGAUUGCUGAUGACGACAAUGAGAAGUUCCUGCUCAAGCUCAAGAGUCGCAUUGAUAGAGUCGGGCUGGAAAUGCCGACGAUUGAAGUGAGGUUCGAGCAUUUGAACGUCGAGGCAGAGGCUCAUGUUGGAGGCAGGGCAUUGCCUACUGUGUUCAACUUCUCUGUCAACAUGUUUGAGGAAAUCUUGAACUCUCUUCACAUUCUGCCAAGCAGAAAGAAGCCAUUGCCGAUUCUUCAUGAUGUUAGUGGAAUCAUCAAGCCAGGAAGAAUGACACUGCUUUUAGGCCCUCCUGCCUCUGGAAAGACUACCUUACUGCUUGCCUUAGCAGGAAAACUUAGUAAAGAUCUUAAGUUUUCAGGAAAAGUUACAUAUAAUGGUCAUGAAAUGGAUGAGUUUGUACCUCAGAGAACUUCAGCUUACAUCAGUCAGUAUGACCUUCAUAUUGGAGAAAUGACUGUCAGAGAAACCCUAGCUUUCUCGGCAAGAUGUCAGGGAGUUGGACCUCAAAACGAUAUUCUGAUCGAACUAUCUAGAAGAGAGAAAACAGCAAAGAUUAAGCCAGAUCCAGAUAUUGAUCUCUUCAUGAAGGCGGCAGCACUGGAAGGCCAAGAAGCCAAUGUGGUUACUGACUACAUUCUCAAAAUCUUAGGGCUUGAAGUAUGUGCUGAUACAUUGGUAGGGGACGAAAUGGUUCGAGGCAUCUCAGGCGGGCAAAAGAAGCGAGUUACAACUGGGGAGAUGAUGGUUGGACCGUCAAGAGCGCUAUUCAUGGAUGAAAUAUCUACUGGUUUGGAUAGCUCAACAACCUUCCAAAUAGUCAAUUCACUAAGACAAUCCAUCCACAUUCUCGAGGGAACUGCCCUUAUCUCUCUUCUGCAGCCUGCACCAGAAACCUAUGAUCUCUUUGAUGAUAUUGUUCUUCUCUCCGACGGCUACAUAGUCUACCAGGGCCCUCGAGAAAAUGUGCUCGAGUUCUUCGAGCACAUGGGAUUCAUAUGCCCGGAGAGGAAAGGAGUAGCGGAUUUCUUGCAAGAAGUAACAUCAAGAAAGGAUCAGGAGCAGUACUGGCUGAGAAGAGACGAGCCUUACAACUUUAUCACUUCGAUGGAGUUUGCAGAAGCAUUUCAGUCGUUCCACAUUAGCAGGAAGCAAGGAGACGAGCUGGCAACUCCAUUCGACAAGUCGAAAAGCCACCCUGCUGCACUAACGACCGAUAAAUUCGGUGUCAACAAGAAGGAACUUCUGAAAGCUUGCAUUGCGAGGGAGUAUUUGCUCAUGAAGAGGAACUCGUUUAUCUACAUUUUCAAGAUAACUCAGAUUGUGAUUCUGGCUUUCCUGACAACGACAGUUUUCUUAAGGACCAAUAUGCAUCACGAGACGGUGAACGAUGGAGGAACUUACAUGGGAGCUAUCUUCUACGGGGUUAUUGUCAUGAUUUUCAAUGGGUUCUCAGAGAUGGCAAUGACUAUCCACAAGCUUCCGGUGUUCUACAAGCAAAGAGACCUUCUCUUCUUCCCAGCAUGGGCAUAUGCUCUUCCUGCUUGGGUGCUCAAGAUCCCCAUCGCGUUUGUAGAGGUUGCAAUAUGGGUCAUCCUCACUUACUAUCCUAUUGGCUUUGAUCCAAACAUUGGAAGGUUUUUGAAGCAGUACCUGUUAUUCGUUCUUGCAAACCAGAUGGCUUCCGGGUUGUUACGACUCAUAGGAGCAGUAGGAAGGAACAUGAUCGUUGCUAAUACAAUCGGAUCAUUCGGUAUAAUUAAUCUCCUAGUGCUGGGCGGCUUCAUCAUCUCAAGAGUAAAUGUGAAGAAAUGGUGGCUCUGGGGUUACUGGAUCUCACCAUUGAUGUAUGUGCAGAAUGGUCUCACUGUCAAUGAAUUUCUCAGCCACAGUUGGAGUCAUGUGCCUCCCAACUCAACUGAGUCGCUUGGGGUUCAGAUCCUCAAGACUCGUGGACUUUUUCCAUAUGCAUACUGGUUUUGGAUUGGAGUUGGAGCACUAACUGGAUCCAUCCUUCUCUUCAAUCUCCUCUUCUUUUUCGCUCUCAAGUAUCUAGACCGUUUUUCUGGUGUUCAUGUUGUUGUGCUUGCAGCAUUUGGCAAACCACAGGCGAUCACACCAAAAGAAGACUCGGAAGAGAAGACUACUUCACCUACAGCCACUAUCAACCUGUCAGAAAGAGGUAAUGACGAAACCAGGAUAAGUAUUUCAUCCAGAACCCCAUCAGCAAGAGUUGGCAACUUAAAUCAAGUCAAGAGAAGAGGAAUGGUACUUCCAUUCCUUCCACUCUCCAUCACCUUCGGAGACAUCAGGUAUUCCAUAGACAUGCCACAGGAGAUGAGAGCUCAGGGGAUCCUGGAGGAUCGUCUGGAGCUUCUAAAGGGGGUCAGUGGAGCAUUUAGACCAGGUGUCCUGACAGCACUGAUGGGAGUUAGUGGAGCUGGGAAAACUACUCUAAUGGAUGUUCUUGCUGGAAGGAAAACCGGUGGAUAUAUUGAAGGAAGUAUUAAGAUUUCAGGGUACCCGAAAAGGCAAGAAACUUUUGCUAGAAUUGCAGGUUAUUGUGAGCAGACUGAUAUCCAUUCCCCUCAUAUUACAGUGUAUGAGUCGUUGAUCUUCUCCGCAUGGCUCAGGCUUUCUCCAGAAUCAAACUCCGAUACACGAAAGAUGUUUGUUGAGGAGGUGAUGGAGCUAGUGGAACUGACUCCGCUGAGAGAUGCACUCGUGGGGUUGCCCGGCGUGAAUGGUUUAUCGACUGAGCAGAGGAAGAGGUUGACCAUUGCAGUUGAGCUUGUGGCCAAUCCUUCCAUAAUCUUCAUGGAUGAACCAACUUCUGGGCUUGAUGCAAGAGCAGCAGCCAUUGUAAUGAGAACCGUGAGGAACACAGUUGAUACUGGGAGAACCGUGGUAUGCACUAUUCAUCAGCCCAGCAUUGACAUAUUCGAUUCCUUCGAUGAGUUACUCCUACUGAAGAGAGGAGGGGAGGAAAUCUUUGUCGGUCCAAUUGGUCGCCAUGCUUGCUAUCUCAUCAAGUACUUUGAGGCAGUAGAUGGAGUUCCAAAGAUGAAAGAAGGAUACAAUCCAGCAACGUGGAUGCUAGAGGUAACUACUGCAGCGCAAGAAGAUGCUCUUGGGGUCAACUUCAUGGACAUAUAUAAGAACUCAGAAUUGUACAAGAGGAACAAGGAUUUGAUCAAGGAGCUAAGUUCACCACUACCUGGUUCAAACGAUCUCUUCUUCCAGAGGCAAUACGCUCAAACAUUCUUUACUCAAUGCAUGGCUUGCUUGAAAAAGCAGCACUGGUCAUACUGGCGAAACCCUCCUUAUAAUGCUGUGAGAUUCCUCUUCACAACAUUCAUAGCUCUCAUGUUCGGAACAAUAUUCUGGAAUCUAGGCUCCAAAAGAGGAAAGCAACAGGAUAUUCUAAACUCAAUGGGUUCCAUGUAUGCAGCAGUUCUUUUCAUAGGAUUCCAGAACAAUACAGCAGUCCAACCAAUCGUAUCCGUCGAGAGAACAGUUUUCUACAGAGAAAGAGCAGCUGGGAUGUACUCAGAAUUGCCAUACGCCUUUGGACAGGUGGUCAUUGAAAUACCAUACGUUCUAAUCCAAGCUCUCGUCUAUGGAUUCAUAGUCUACGCCAUGAUGGGUUUUGAGUGGACGACAGUCAAGAUCUUCUGGUACAUGUUCUACAUGUACUUCUCAUUGAUGUACUUCACUCUCUUUGGGAUGAUGUCGGUUGCCAUCACUCCAAACCACAACAUUGCUGCCAUAAUUUCAACUGCCAUCUUUGGGUUAUGGAACCUUUUCUCAGGCUUUAUUGUGCCUCGCCCGAUGAUACCAAUCUGGUGGAGAUGGUACUAUUGGGCAUGCCCAGUUGCUUGGACAUUGUAUGGACUGGUGGCUUCACAAUAUGGUGACAUUAAGGAAACCUUGGAUGGUAGCAAUGAAACUGUGGAGGAGUUCAUCCGAGACUAUUUCGGGUUCAGACAUGAUUUCGUUGGGGUAGUUGCCCUAGUUCUUGUGGGAAUUUCAGUCUUUUUUGGCUUCAUGUUUGCAGUCUCCAUCAAGGCCUUCAAUUUCCAGAAGAGAUGA